UUCUUUUUUUGUUCUAUUCUAUUUUUUUUUUUUCUUUUUUAACCGUAAAUCUUUAUGUCUAAAGUCAAAUCUUUAAAGAAUCAUUUGCUUCUGUCACUAUGGUAUUUCUGCAUAGUAUCUAUCGGAUUUGUUAAAGGAGAAGCGGGGAAAAUCACAAUCACCGAUAAAUCAAUCUCUUUUAGUCCAAGAUUAUUUGGAAGAUCAGCUGUUGCUUACAAAGAUAGGAUGUAUGUUUAUGGUGGAAAACAUGCUGCUCUUGUAGCUCACUCAAAUGAUAUGUACGAAUACAUUUUCGAUACUCCUAAUAACGAAAAAGCCACCAUGUCUUUGGUGAACGGGACGAACAAGGGCCCAAGUUGUUCUUUUUGUGGUGCUGUCAUGAUCGAUGAAAGCCAUAUGAUGAUAUUAUCUCAUGAAUACGCCAAUGCCUGGAUCAACUCCACAGAAAGCAGAACAGUUGUAAGGCCUUAUAUUUUUGAUUUUGUCAGCCUUACAUGGACUCAAAAAGAGGUUCCUUCCUACAACAAAUCAGAAGAAAAUCUUUAUUACAUGAGGGCGAAACAUAGUACCGUUUUAGGUUCCGACGGAAGGAUUUACGUUAUAGGCGGUACCAAUUUUUUUGAGGACACUACACCUUUGACAGAAUCCUAUUAUUAUGACCCAGUCUUAAAUCACUAUGGCAAGAUUAACAAUAAUGGAUUCGAAUACAAAUCUAUCGGUCCCACUGCCUUUAAUCUACCUGAUGGAAACAUUGGUUCUGUUUUUGGAAGAAUAGGAGCAACGGGAGAAUAUAAUUGGUACGAUACAAUGAUGGUACUGGAUACAAAAACUAGCACAUGGAUUAAAAAUCAGACUCUAUCAUCAUCACCUUUAAACACUAUACCACUAAAGCGAGAAUAUAUCGAAGGGGCAACCGUACAACUGAUUCCCAACACUAAUUUCGCUGUAUUUCUCGGUACAGCUCCUGCUUACAAAGAUCAACUUGUUUCUGAUAAUGAGCCAGAAAUAAUGAUGAUAAAAAGACUGGCAGGAUAUGCCAAAAAUAUCAAGACAAGAGAUUUGAUACCAGACACAAAAGGUUUGAUACCAGGUAACACUCUUUUUUCACCUUGGCUAGUAUCAACCAAAUUCUACAGCAGGAUUAGCCAAAAAUAUGAAGACAAAAGGUUUGAUACCAGGUAACACUCAUUUUUCGCCUUGGCUGGUAUCAACCAAAUUCUACAGCAGGAUAUGCCAAAAAUAU